AUGUCACUUUACGUAAUUUUAGUCAGGUUCCUGCGUCGUGAGAACCUGGCCAAGCAGUCCCAGCAGAGCAUUUCCUGCCCUGCCAUCAACUCCCCACAGAAGGAUGGGGACUCUCCAUCAGAGUCCAGCUCAGAGUCAGAUGGUGAGAUUGCCGAGGUGAGUCGCAAACAGAGAAUGUUCGCCCGCAGGUCAAUCAGACGAGACCGCAAGAAACAGAAGGAACAGCAGAAGAAGAUAGAGAACAACAUGAUAUCCAUGGAUGACUAUCUCAGCAAGCAAGCAGAGUUCAAACUGUGGUUGAAAGAAGAGAAAUACUACCGUGGCUCCACCGGUACAGACACACCUCCCCCAUCUCGCAGUCACCAGAGGUUCAGCUUUGUGGAAGGGUCGCCCUUCUCUGACAUCCCUGGCUUCCAUCACCCCAUCGACCUGAGUCUAGAGGGCGGUGUGCUGCUUGACUCUCCGUUCUCCACGUUUGGCAAGUCUCCAGGGGAGCCCCUCACAGCUCAGUCGACACCACGGAUCAUCAAACUGCCAGACAUUAAGAACUCGGAUGCUGUGGACAAAGAGAACAGUUGUACAGAUGGCAACAUCCAGAAGGACAAACCUGAACCUGUGUCUGAGAAAAAGAAGAAGAAAAGUAAGAAUACAACUCCAAAGAAAUCAAAACUGAAGAAGGACAAUCCCUACAAGGUUACUGUUUUGUCAUGGACUUCUAAAGGAGAACUCAACGUAUGCCCGAGCAGCCCAGCAGAGGAAAAAGAGGGCAAAAAGAAAUCCUUGAAACCUGUGCCCCCAAAGCGAACCAGCCAGUCAACCAAGGUGAAGCUGGACACCUCCGUCCCCUAUGAGGAGGUGAAGGAUGCUAACCCUUUGGAGGUCUCUGACUACGACCCUCUGUAUGCAGACCCAGACCCAUUCUUCAGUGGGAGUCUGUCAGUGUCAAGGUCAAAGAGUCUGGACUCCGGGCUUCAUAUCGACAGCCCUCGUCCAGUAACUGAUGGCUGUAAAAGUGUGGAGGAGAUAUAUGCUGUGCCAGUGAAGAAGAAGCGGAUCUCUGCUGAGAAGGAUAAGGUUGUUGAAGUGGUAACAUCCCCACCUCCUCCUCUGCCUCCAAAACGGAAGUCUCCUCUGGAGUCCUGGCCAUACCAGGUGAUUAAAGGUGAUGAAGAAGCUUCUGUAUUCUCGAUGAAGAAAGAUGGCCCUGAGUUUGCAUCUCCAGCAAAAAUUAGCAACGGAUCUAAAUCAGUGUUCAGCCCUCAAAAGACAGAAAGUCCCAUGAGAAUGGCGGUGUCCAUGCCUGAUCUGUGUGAUCCUAAACUAGAUCCAGAAGAAGAGGUAGACUCUUCCUCCUCCUCGUCCUCCUCCUCGUCCUCCUCCUCAUCUCAUGAAGAAUCUGAGACUGAGACUUUUGAGGUGAAGGUGAAGAUAACAGACCCAGAAAUCCAAGCGUUUCUUGAUGAAGAUCCAUCCACCCUACCCCCACCUCCUGAUCUGGUGUCAGACAUCUAUCCCCCAGUCAGACUUUCCCUCCUACCACCCCCACCACCAGAACUCCUGAUGGAUACGCCACCAAUGGAGAAUGAAUACAGACCAUCUAUUGAAGCUUUUGGUUCUCAGUCGUCGUUGAUAGCUGAAUGUGGCACUCCAAGGUCAUCUAAGGUGUUAGAGGAGGGCAUGCCCCAGUACUGUCACACUACACCUAAGUCACUCCUGUCCCUGGACUGUACUGCUACAGAAACUCCUCCUCCAACCCUUGUUCCAAUCACACCAUUUGCACUCUCAAGCCUGGAAGCUGUUGAUGAAUCCGAGGAGAGAUCACAAGACAUGGAACCAAAUCCCCAGUCAAAAGCUCCCCAAGCCUCAGUUUUAGCAGUUCCAGUUCAGGUUGCUGAAGUCAAAGAAAUGUCCACAAGUUCUCGAAGGGUCUCCGUAGGGCCUGUGAUGAUCCCACCACCAAUGAAGUCAAAGCUUCACAAACCUGAUGUGUGCCAACUGUCUGGUGAGAGUGAAGCCAGCAUGAAUCAGAAACCCUCAUCUACUGGUGACACACGCAGUCAGAAACCUUCAUUUACUGGUGACACACCCAAUCAAAAACCCUUAUCUACUGGUGACACACCCAAUCAGAAACCCUCAUCUACUGGUGACACACCCAAUCACAACUACUUGAAAGAUGCACUCACAGACCUGGAUACAAGUGCUGAGAAGGAUGAUGUGUUCACCUACCGUCAAGCAUUGUCUGGUGCAAUGAAGUCACUGAAGUCUGCUUAUGCCUCAUCUGUGGAAGACAUCACAGCAGAUGUCCCGAGACGACAUCGGAAUCUCGGCAGAGGCCUGAACACAAACUUGUAUACUGAAGAUGUUAUUGACCAGAGGACCACACCAAAACAUGAUACAAGGAACCGACAUCAUUCUGAAAACAGUGCUAAACAUCUGAAGAGGAACAUUCAAGAAAUGAAAGAAUCUGGUGGUAGUUCCAGUUCUACAUCAAGCAGUGUGUCGGAGAACUCAGGAGUAAAGAAGAUCAUGAAAAAGCCCCCAGCAUUGAAACCGAAGCCAAACAAAGGCAAAGUUGCUGAAGCAGUUGAAAAGGCGAGACAGAGACAAUCGUCGAGUGACCGGAGCUCUGUGUCCAGUUCGGCAAGUGACAGCAGCUCUGUGUCCAGUGACAGAUCUUCCAGGUCCAACAGCGAGGUGUCUAGUGAAGAGAACGUGCAGAGAAAGUCCCCAAGCUCCUCUGGAUCAGUUUCACGAGUGCUUGGAUCAUUGAACCAGAACUGUGUCAGUCAUUCAACACCAUCGCCAAGGAAACCACCCAGAACGUUCAGUGCUAAGAGAACCAAUGGCAACAAUCCACAAAGUCCCAGAACCCCUCUGACACCUACAGGGCAGGUGAGAAGCAUCUUGAAGACAACUCCAGUUUCUGGGACCUGUGAUAGAGGUCAAGGUAAAAACUCAGACAAGAAGGCAUCCUGUUCAAGGUCACUCACAGAGAAGGUCAUGGAGCAAACAAGGCCCUCUAUGAGUACUGGUGUGUUUGAGACAGAUAUUGAUAGUGUGCUUGACGAUGACUGUGAAAACAGAGACCCAAACUGUGCUUCACGAGGAGUCCGGGAAACAGAUCUAGACAGGAUCCUCGAGGAGAUGCAGUCCAAUUACCCACUGUCUCCACUCCUCAGUGUUGAUACAGCCUCAGAGAUGAACAUAUAGACUAUUGGGUGUAACAUUAGAACUGGCGAACCCUUCCAGUAAACAAGUGGUACUGUAGCCAGUCAUUACUGCCGCUGUAGAGUUUACACUCAAACAACCUUACAGUUUGGGUUUGUUUUCUGCCAGCAGAUCCAGAUUUGUAGGUGUUUGUAUCAUGUUCUUGUUUUGCAGUUUGAUCAGUUAUAUGAAGGUGGUAGACUGAGGGCAAACUACACUUCCGUGAUUGCUGUGCUACAUUUAGUUCUGUAGUUGUUGCUUUGAGAGUGUGUGUCACAGUGUCAAGCCAAUACCAGACGAUGAAUGUUGUAUAUUGUGUAUAUUUGUACAUUACCUUUCUGCUAGAACUGGAAGUCACGCUCUGUUUACCAUUGAAAAACUGUCUUCCAUGAAAGUGCCUUUCAAAAAAGUAAGAAAUAAUAGAAUUGUUGCAUCGAAAUUGUUCACAGAUUGGAAUGAAAAAAUAUAUUGUUAUAGUUGAGGAUUCAUGUAAGUAAGAUUAAUUGUUGUUUAAUGCUGCACUCAGCAAUAUUCCAGCUAUAUGGCGGAUCUUCAAGAAGUACAGAUAAUUUACAGUAGUGUUCUUGAUCUCAUCUUGGUGUGUAUGCACUUGCGUGUUCGUCACCUCAACCAAUAUAAAUAGAUUGUUUGCCACUCAUUGCAAUACAUUUUGAAAACUUAAAGUCAUACUUCUGUGAUCUUUUUCUUUCCAACAGUUCAUUUUGCAUUAUUUUCCAGCAUUGUGUUAUUUCUUUCGGUAAAAGUGCUAAAUUUUGUUAUUGGUCAUAUCUUCAAAUGAUCAUAGCGACAACUGAAAUUUGAAUUCUGUUUCAAAUUUGGGUAAUAACUGAGUGACAUGCAAAAGAAAGAAUUUGAUUUGAUGGAAUGGGUAUCUUUAUGUGGAUUAAAACUGGCAGUGGGGAGAGUCCUCCAUUUCCUUGUCUCUUGUCAAAGUUUUAUUUGUAAAAUGUUAAUGGAAAUCAAGGAUAGAUAAUUUGAGACUGCAAAUGGGAAUGUAUCCAGGGUUUUAUGAAGGUGUACCAAAAUGAAAUAUAAGAAUGCCAUCUGUACAAAUUCAAGCAAUCUUAGAUCAUUAGGUCAAUCAGCACGCAAUUUGACCUAUAAUUUGAUGCAUGAUGCCAGCGAGCUGUAAGUAGGAUGUUUGUUUAGCUGGAGACUGACACGUGCCUCUCAUGUCGGAUUAUGUGGUAAUCACUAAUUUAGUAAUCCAGUCUCUUUUGUUAAGUAAUUUCCU